CUACUAGCUGGUGCAAGACACGAAUUCAAGUUUCGCGAAUAUGGCGGGCAACGACAGAAAUAUAGCUACGGCUGCAUCUAGCCUUCAGAAUCAGGAAGCACGGUCGUCCAUGCAAAUGCAGGUGAAGACCAAGAACCCGAAGAGUAAGAGGGUAAAUCAGUUCAAUGGAUUUGGCGGCGACAACCCUUUGAACGCCCCAGCAUCGAGGCAGAACGCUACAUUUUCAACUUCCGCGGAACGGCAGCACCGAGGCUCCGAUGCGCAUCCUUGGCUCCACUAUCCCCCACGGUUUGAGAGCAGUGUCGAGAAAAUUACUGUCAAGCUGAAGGACACCCUCGCCCCAACUGGGGUGCUCCGUGCCCUCCCGGCAGAGCUUAGAUACUCGCUGACUCGCAACUUCGGCUUUUUCACGAGGGUGUUCACUCAAUUCUUUGAGCGCGACGGCGCUGAUAAUGUCAAGCAAUCUAUAGGCCUUAAGUGAAUGCGAAGAAUCAGGACUAGCUAGUGUAGAAAUCAGUGAGCACCUAAGUUCUUCCUU